AGAGUUUUAAAAUUAAAAUUAAACAGAAGGCUAUGGCGUUGUGCUAAGGCCAACACUUUCACUUGCCCGCCCAUCUGGGGAAGAAAGCAAUAGUGUGGUUCUUCAGCAGAUUUUCGUAAAGCCCUUCGUCUCAUAUCUAUGAGUGUUUGUGUUUGGCAAUUAGCUUCCCAGUGAAUCACAAAAAAAAGUUAAUAACAACACUCAGCGAAGAUAAGGAAGAGUGCGUUUCCUCCCGCUACUGCCCCCGCCCCCGCGCCAACCACCGCCUAACCGCAGACCUUUGCGACCAUUGCGUAGAGCAGCCCCACAAGUUGUCCCCACGACCGAAGACAACUGGGCCAUCGAGGUAGUGUAGUGGCAGCCAACGUAUUUGGUUGCAUCAAUAGAAUGGGCAACGACGAUCACCGGCGGAGGAAGACACCUUGCGGAUUCUGCAUGGCUGUGUUCAAGUGGAUUCCGGUUGUAUUCAUAACCGCCGUCAUUGCCUGGUCCUACUAUGCCUAUGUGGUGGAGCUCUGCAUACGCAACUCCGAGAACCUCGUUGGGAUGAUUUUAAUGCUGUUCUUCUACCACAUUGCCCUGAUACUGUUCAUGUGGUCCUACUGGAGAACCAUAAUGACAUCGGUUGGUCGAGUGCCAGAUCAAUGGCGGAUACCAGACGAGGAAGUGACGCGACUGUUUCGUGCCGACAACCCAGAGACGCAGAAACGAAUUUUGAACAGCUUUGCCCGCAGUUUGCCAGUAACCAAUCGCACAAUGAACGGCUCUGUCCGGUUUUGUGAAAAGUGUAAGAUCAUUAAGCCGGACAGAGCGCAUCAUUGCAGCGUGUGCAAUAGCUGCGUGCUCAAGAUGGAUCAUCACUGCCCCUGGGUGAACAAUUGCGUCAACUUUUACAAUUACAAAUUCUUUGUAUUGUUUCUGGGGUACGCGCUCAUCUAUUGCUUGUACGUUGCAUUCACCACUCUGCAUGAUUUCGUUCAGUUCUGGAAGGUAGGUGCCUACGAAAAUAAUGGUUACUCGGAACAGGGCCAAUUGAACGGCAGUGGCGUGGGCCGUUUUCACAUCUUGUUCCUGUUCUUUAUAUCCAUCAUGUUUGCCAUUAGUUUGGUGAGCCUGUUUGGCUAUCACAUCUAUUUGGUUCUGGUCAAUCGCACCACUUUAGAGUCUUUUCGAGCUCCAGUCUUUCGCGUCGGCGGCCCCGACAAGAACGGCUUCAAUUUGGGCCGCUAUGCCAACUUCUGUGAGGUGUUUGGCGACGACUGGCAGUACUGGCCUUUGCCCAUCUUCACCAGUCGUGGUGAUGGCUUCAGCUAUCCAACAUCCACCGAUCAAAGCGGCGAGGCGCCCCCCGCCCAGCGAUACGCCGCCAUGGGCGAUACAACCACCAACAGGUUAGAUGGCAAUCCAACAGAUAAGUUGAUUGACGCUAUACCCCUCGUCACCACACCCAAUAACCAUGUUCAACCACCUCAACUUCAACCUCAACAACAACAUCCACAUCAAGUAAGAAGCCAGAACCAGGCGCAGGCGCAGUCGCAGCGCCAGGCCCGUCCAAAGUCGUUAAAUCUGCAACCCGCACUGGAACUGCCCUUGGCAAACGGCCAAUCAUCAAGCUGCAACACGGCAGCAGUCCCGUCUAGUCAGGUGGUCGUUGUCAAUUUUAGCACCCUGCCAGAGGAUGCCAAUGGCGAUGCGGUCAUCAUCGAUAUGGUGGGCGAUCAUAGUGGAGCUGCUGCUGUUGUUGCCGCUCCCAAGGAUGCCUUCCGCCAGCCGAAUGGUGAUGUCCCACUCAACUAGACCCUGUAACUUUCGCUACGAAACCUUUUUAGAUACGUAUCUCUAUGUAUGUUUGUUGUAUAUCUGUGUAAACUGCCAGAAUGGUUGCACUUGUGCCCUGUCAUCGUUGCAGUUCUUUUCUUAAAUGUAUGUUAUAUACCACUAA